AUGGAUGCUUGUCUCAGACUACUAGGACAAACCUCCCUUGUAUCUCAGAUUCUUGGCAGAAGUGAAUUUCCCUAUACAUACUCCCUGAAAUUGAUUGGGGACCUUAAUGUUCCUGUAGACCAAGUUAAGCUAGGAAACAACACCAAUCACAUGGUAAUCAACACAUCAAGCACGGCUAAAUUUUCAUCGCUUGAAUCUUGCGGGCUUGACAUCCAUCAACCAAUUGCUGAUGGUCCCAUAUCAUCUGGUUAUGAUAAGUUGAAUGGUGGUUAUAAAGGCCAAUCUAAAUCUGAUAAAUGCACAGAGGACUUGCAGGAAAACAAUGAAGCUAUUCAUUCAAGCCACUCUCAAGACCUCAAAAUGAAAGCACUCCUUGAAGAUUGGAAGUUGAAACCACUGAAAUAUAUGCUUCUGCACACAACUCACCAUUUUAGACAAACAUUUCAGUAUCCUCUUUAA